AUGGCAGGAUUGGCAGAGAAGAUGCUUGAAUACGUAUUGGAGACGCGAGUUGAUGCGCAGGAGGAUGGAGCAGAACUGGACGUGUUUCUCGAGGACCUCGUGCUUACGCAUAUCAUUUAUCUACCCACCAACACCCUCUGCAACUACCUCAAACACUAUUAUACAAGAGCGGCCGAGGGCACUGGACGAUCUCGAGCAACGAAUUUCAGCCAAACGACGAGUUGUCUCCUUUCUGUGGCUCUGGGAAUCCACUAUUUUCUUGAUCCUGCAGCAAAUGCCUUUGUUGAGGUGAAUCUUCUUUGUGACGUCACUGUAGCUAAUUACAAGCCCCGCAGUACCAAAUAUGUUUCUUUUUCAGAGUUAUAUUGCCAUGUACUGGAGGAUAACCGUAGCUUACCAGGUUUGGGUCCGAUAAUUGUUCGACUGACAGCUUUACGUGACUUGCGAGAGGAGGCACGCCGUACCUUAGCCCGACAUCCAGCAGUUGUUCUUGAAUGCGGGGUGCUCUCCACAAUGGCACCAGCACCAAGCAAUCAGAUCAUUCCUUCCGUCGAUACCACAACUUUAUGCCUCACAAUACGGGAUGAUAAGACGGCGAAGGAGAUCGGUGAACUGGCGUCCGAUACUCGCCAUUCGGAGCUCAGCAUCACGACGAAUUGGCUUUUUGGUAUAAGUGAAAAGCCAAGCGGAGGCGGUUUUAUAGAUGCUGAAGCACGUAAAAAAGUUGUUUUCUAUGACGGCGAUGUGAGCAUUCCGACGAUGUUGUCUUUAAACAGCAAGCUAUACGUCGUGAGCAAAGAUGAAAUAGACUCC